AUGGGGGUGGGCUCCUGCCCCAUCCCUACCCCGUGGGACAGGCUCACGUGCCCAGGCUUAAAGGAGAACUCUGAUUUUCAGCCAAGUCCAGAACCCACACCCAGGACAUACCGUGGCAGCAGGCCUGGUGUCAGAGUUGGUCUCCUCAUAAAUGCAAUGCUAACGAGGGACCUGGGGGGUGUCGGUGCUUUUCAGUAUUUACUCCCCCACCUCCCUCUAUUUUCUGUCUCCUCUAAAGCCCUCAGAGAAGUGGAAAUCAAAUGACAAGACACGGAAGCAUCCUCAAAGUGUCGUGCAUCAGUGAACCACACCCUACAGCCCCCAUGCGGUGUUCCAUCAGGUGCAGCUUCAUAACCUCCGUGAGCAUCGGAUUCCUGUGGCUCUUCAUCACUUUGAAAGUCCCGGAGGAAAUUGAACAUGAUCAGAACGAGAUGACUAUCAAAGGCCAGGAGGACAGUUAUGACAAAAGGAAAGACCCGAGACCACUAGAAGACUGGCAGAAUCUUACCUUCAAAUAUUUUAAAACGGUUCAGCAGAGAAGAAAAACAUGGCUGACAGUGGGGAUUUCCUCAGUGCCACAACCACAUCAAAGAAGCCUCUUGCACACUUUGGUCUCUCUGUUUCGUGCUUCCUCUAAGAGCGAGAAGAAACGCCUCAUGGUGCUGGUCCACCUGGCACAUUCUGACCUCACCCAGCUCAGAGAAACCAUUCUUCGUAUUUCAACCCUCUUCAGCCCACAGAUCUUGGCAGGGCAGCUGCUACUGAUCCACACUCCGCCUGAUGUCUACCCGUCUGUGGAUGACAUGAGGAAGGAGGCCCGUCAUGGGGAAUUCUACUCUAGGCAGAAUAUAGAUCACGCCUUCCUCAUGAGCUUUGCCACAAGUCUCUCUGAAUACUUCCUGUUACUGGAGGACAAUGUCUUUUCUGCCCCCAACUUUAUCACCCACAUUGAUUGGAAGGUGAACACCAUGAGGUCUGACCCAUGGGUGCUCCUGGAGUUCUCGAAUCUGGGCUUCCUUGGCAAACUCUUUCACAGCAAGGACCUCCCACUCCUGGCCCAUUUCCUCCUCCUCUUCUAUAAGGAACUGCCCCUUGACAGGCUGAUCCCCCACUUCCGUACCCUCCUAGCUCAGAAAAACCCAAUCAUCUGCAGACCUUUCCUUUUCUACCCCAGGUUCUUCUUCCACAUCUCUAAUGACACCCAGAAGGCCAGGCCAGCUCCGAAAAAGGACCCCUACAUUCCUGACAACCCACCUGGAGCCAUUUUCACAGAUAUGAAGGUUUUUGAUGUUCAUUUCCCCUGGGAAGCCUACACUCUGGAUGAAUCAUUCUUCUGGACCCACAAUGUUAGUGCAGGGAACCACCUGACAAUCAUUUUGAACCAUCCGGCGAACUUGAGCAAAGUGCAAGUGUUAACAGGCACCAUCGUGGAUGGAAAGUACGCCCUGGAGAAGGGGCAAGUGGAGCUGGGCUACGACCCCGAGGGAAUGCCCCAGUACUGUACCAGCUUCGCCUUGCUGGGCCAUCUCUUCGAAGGGCAGAUGAAUCAGGAGAUAUUUCUGAAAAGUAUGGGGCAUGAUGUGAGCUGCGUAAGGCUGGUGGUGAAGGCUAAUCAGGUUGGCAGUCUUAUAAUCAGGCAUAUUUAUCUCUGGAAGCAAAAUGCCAAAGAUAUGGAAGGAGUUCAGAGUUGGAGUGUAGACCUAUUACUUCGGUUCACGUUAAAACUUUUCCACGGAGUGACCUCUUUCGAGCCAAGGAGCGUUCUGUGUCAGGCCCUGGGCCCCAGGCCAGAUUCCGGCUCCACGCCCCAGCCUGGCAGCACAGCAGCUGGUGCCCAGGUGAGACUGGGGAGCCCCGACACCCACCACUCCGGGAAGGUUGGGGAGAAGGCUGCCAGCCAAUGGGCCCCGCAAGAGACCCCUGCCUCCCUCGCCUAG